GAGUUGCUCUAAAACCAAAAAACGUUCGAUGAUUGACAUCGCGGCGGAUUUCGUAAUACGUGAUGGUGAAAAGGCUGGUUGCAACAUAGAUCCCAAUGGGGAAUGCUCAUACGUACAGAACAAAUAUGACUCGGGAAAUUUUAUUCGGCAUUUCCGUUUACGCCACAGCGAGCUAGCAAACGCUAAAGGUCUCCUGAAAGAUUAUGUUCAAUCAGAGAAAAGCCGCGAUUCGUGGCAAAACGGCCAAUCGCCAUUGACUUACAGCUUUUGAUCGAAGCUGUCGCGAAGCUGGUCACUGAACAUGGGCUGCCACUGUCAUGCUUCGAGUGGGACGGUUUUCGACUGCUACUAGAGCCAAUUUGUCAAGCGGUGGGAUGUACUUUGAAUCGAGAAACCAUCAGAGAACACUUACGUGUUAUUUCUCAGCGUGUCAAACAGAUCCUCAAAGAUGAGAUGAAGGAUAAAUUAAUAUGCUUAAAGGUCGAUUCUGCAUCAUGUCAUAACAGACAUAUUCUCGGAAUAAACGUUCAAUAUACUCUUGGGGAAAAGGUCGUGGUUCGAACUCUUGGAAUGGUAGAGGUUAAAGAAAGCCAAACUGCCGCAGUCCUAAAAUUAAAAAUAUUGGAUACGCUUGCAGAGUACAAUGUGCCCAUUGGGAACAUUUUCUCAAUUACUGUCGAUAACGGGGCUAAUAUGGUGGCGGCAGUGAAGAAAAUGCGAAAUGAACUACAAAUGACAUUGCUAGAGAACCUUGAGGAUGUUGACUGCACAGGCGAACAAGAAUCACCACGAGAUAUACCUUCUGAAUUGUAUGAAGAGUUCCAAGAGCGAAUCAAUCUUGUACGAUGUGCUGUUCACACUCUGCAGCUGGCGAUCUUAGACGUGGUGAAUAAAUCCCAUGCAGGUGUGAAGAGUCUGACCGAGCUGGCUAAAAAAUCAAAAAACGUGAAGUACCAAACGAAUUUCGACCAUCAUGGUGCCUCGCACCCCCCUAUUUGGAGCCAAACCAGAUGGGGUGGUAUUUUUGAGAUGGUGCAAUCUUUCAAAACGCAAAAAUCAUUCUUCGAACAACUAGCGACUCAAUUUCCUGAACUCGAUCUUACCGACCACUGGAAUUUCGUUGACAAUUAUUAUGAGGCAUUCAAACCGCUGUACAUUUGUACAAAGAAAAUGCAGGCGGAGCAUGUAUGUUUACCCGAUUUCUACAUGGCCUGGCUAAUGGCAAUCAGUGAAGUGCGCAAGCUCAAUGAAAACCCGUUUACUCCUGAGCUGAUGAACUCGUUGACUACGCGAUUAAAAGCUUUGCGUGGAUCUAGAGCUUUUAAAAUGGCUCUUUUUAUCGAUCCGAGGUUUAACUAUCGAGGAUCGAAGUUUUUUUCACCUGAGGAAAAAAUGGAAAUACAGGGUUUCAUCAACGAAACGUGGCAGCGAAUUCACCAACUGCAAACGCCUUCAUCUGCUUCUCACAUGCCAAACGUAUCCCUGAACAGCUCCGAACACAACGACGACUUUGAUGAAUAUCUCACCGAGAUGUAUGGUGGAUCCGUGAAUAUGGAUCACGAACUAAGCGAAACCAGAUUUCUACAACAGCUACAGUCUAUCGAUCUCGAACCUCGUCAAAACCAUAACUAUAAUGUCUGGGACCACUGGUUGCGCCGGAAAACAACACAUCCGGAGUUGCAUGCCGUAUCCAUGAUUGUGCUGGCCACUCCUUCAAACCAAGUUUCCGUUGAAAGAGCCUUCAGUGCUCUUGGGUUAGUAUUAUCUAAUUUCCGCACGCAGCUGUCAGAAGAAACCUUGACGAAUAUUCUUCUAGUCAAGUUGAACAAGGCUUUAUUCCCACAAGCGAUUUCAACAGCUUACAAUUGGAAGGAAAUUGAACUAAAAGAUAGGGUGAAGCGGAUGGCUAACGAAUAAAUUGAUUCCGACUCUCGAACACAAUAUAAUGUAAUAAAAGAAAUAAAAGUUUUCGAAAUUAAUCCUUUUUA